AUAACUAAAUUCGUUUUAGCCAAAUCGAAAAUCAAUAAAAAUUCAAAAACACUUAUUUGAAGACAUUUUACGCUAGCCUACCCAGUACCUUCACUCAAACCCCCAUCUCUUCUGAUAAACAUGAACAAACCAAAAACACUUAUUUCAAAAAGAUAAGAGAAAGUUCGCACCUAAUGGAGAUUAGAUCAGUUGAAAAUAAAAGUGAAUGUCUGCCUCUCCUGCAAAAUGUGCCUCUUCCUGACACAGAGGAGAACAAAACUCAGGUACAUAAAGCUAUUAGUCAGACGUUUUUAAGCACAGCCCAUUUGGCCAAUAAUUUACCUACUGGAACAGUUCUUGCUUACCAGCUUCUAGCACCCAUUUUCUCAAAUCAAGGCAAAUGUGACUCAGUUAGCAGGAUCAUGACAGCUGGGUUAGUAACUAUCUGUGGACUUUCAUGUUUGCUGUCGAAUUUUACGGAUAGCUUUCGGGACAAGAAAGGCAAAGUAUGUUACGGGUUAGCUACAAUUAAUGGAUUAUGGGUUAUUGACGCAUCAGCAACUCUUCCACCUGAACUUGCUGCAUACUACAAGCUAAGGUUUAUAGAUUUCAUGCAUGCAAUUAUGUCAGCACUUGUAUUUGCUGCUCUCGUACUGUUUGAUCAGAAUACGAUGAAUUGCUUCUGUCCGACACCGACAGCUGAGAAACGAGAGAUUUUUACGAAGUUGCCGGUUGGUAUUGGUAUGAUAAGUAGUAUGUUGUUUCUUGUGUUCCCUACAACGCGCCAUGGAAUUGGCUUCCCUCUCUCUGCUUGUUGACACUAAUUAAAGUUUUUUGAAGCAGUCAACUCGUUAUGUCUUUUCUUGUUGUUUUGUUCCUUACAAGGAGAAAUACUUGCAUGAACCUAAUUCAUCAAGUAGAACUGUGAACCAUCCAUUAGAUGUGUCACAUGACACAUGCCAUUACGAACCUACACAAUCAACCGAGUUCAUGUAAGAAUUUUUUCUUCACAAGGCGUUUCAUAUGAAAAAUCAUUUAUGAUUAUUGUUGUCAUAA